AUGCCCGACGAGGCCCCCUUCGGCCAGCGCUCCGCCCCCUCGGCCGCUGCCCGCGUCUCCUCCUUCUUCAUCGCCAACCUGCUGGGCGCCCAGGCCGGCCGCCGCCACCGCCGCCACCAGCACGCCGCCGAGGCCCGCGCCGACGAGGCCCCCAGCAAGGCGGCCAGCCCGCCCGACGGCCCCGCGGGGGAGAGGCGCCGGCUCCUGCUCCCCGCCCCCUGCGCCCUCGCCUGCUGCCAGUGCCCGCCCGCCCGCUGGGACCUCGGCCCGCCCGCCUACCCCCUCCGCCCCGCCGCCGCCGCCGCCCUCGCCUGGGACCCGCCCCGAGGGCCGCCAGCAGAAGCAGCCGCAGCGCGCCUGGCCUUGCGGGGAUGCGCCAGCCCCGAGGAAACCAGCGACAGAGACUCGCCGGAGAUCUCCGAGGAGGCGGCGGCGGUUGCGGACGGGCACCCGGCGAGGGAGCUGAGCCCGGCCCGGCGGAGGGAGGAAGCGGCCCGCGUCCCCGGCAGGAGCAGCGUGGCGGAGGAGCGGGGGGACGAGGGCGAGGGCCGGGCGGCGGCGGGGCGCAAGAAGAAGACGCGCACGGUGUUCAGCCGCAGCCAGGUCUUCCAGCUGGAGUCCACCUUCGACGUGAAGCGCUACCUGAGCAGCGCCGAGCGCGCCGGCCUGGCCGCCUCGCUCCACCUCACCGAGACGCAGGUGAAGAUCUGGUUCCAGAACCGGCGCAACAAGUGGAAGCGGCAGCUGGCCGCGGACCUCGAGGCCGCCAACCUGGCCCACCCCGCCCAGAGGCUCGUCCGCGUCCCCAUCCUCUACCACGAGAACUCGCCCGCCGCCGGCCUCCUCGCCUGCUUCCCCGCGCAGCCCUCGCCCCCGCCGCCCCCGCUCCUCGCCUACCCGCCCCUCGGCCCCUUCCCGCCCCCCGCCGCCGCCGCCGCCUCGGUGCCGCUGCUGCGCUCCCAGAUGGCCGGCCUCGUCUGA